AUGACCCGGCCUGAACCAAUCACACUCGUUUACAAGCGUAUCGGCGACUUAGAUCUUGCUCUCGACAUCUAUGCACCUCCAACGGCCGAUACCAGCAAAAUUGCAGCUCUCGUAUACUUCCAUGGAGGUGGUCUGACUGUUGGUGACCGUACGAGCUGGUUCCCGACUUGGUUAUAUGAGCGUCUGGCGAAGGAAGGUAUCGCAUUCAUAUCUGCCGACUACCGCCUGAUGCCGCCGUCAUAUGGACCGGACAUUCUGUCCGACGUCCUCGACGUCCUAACUUUCAUCCGGGACGACCUCAACGGAGCGCUGGAUACGAAAGGCCUGACUCUCAGUAUUGACCCGGAACGGAUAGGGGUUUCGGGCACCAGCGCCGGUUCGCUAUGUGCAUAUCUCGCCGCAGCCCACUUGCGACCGCGCCCUCAGGUCGUGCUAUCGUUAUGCGGUAUGGGCGGAAAUAUGUUCACUAAACAUUUAGUCACCCGCAAAACGGAGCCCUUUUGGAAAGGAUACGAGAUGCUGGAUCCUCGCGCAGAACCCUACGCCACAUAUACCCACCCACGCUGUCUACAGCUACCGCCACUCGCGAGCAGCUCACUGGCGUUUCACGGACCAGACUCCCCAACACCUGGAUACCCAGCCAACCCGCGCAUGCAGCUGGCACGGUUGUACAUCCAAGAAGGCAUUUACGCAGACUACUGGGCGGGCGAGCAUGAGCCGAGCUUAUCUGGACGCGUCGCGGAGUUGCUCGAUGGCGGUGCGGACGCAGAGGCUAUCGACGCGUGGCUGGCGAAGGAGCUAUCUCAAGAUCUCGUUUCACUCUUUCCUCAGCUGCUGGUCGGCGCUGAUUGGCCGCCGUCCGUACUGGUGCACGGUGAGGCGGACACGGCGGUGCACGCUGAUGAAAGUCGGUAUCUGCACUCGAAGAUGGUGCGCGCGGGCGCGCACGCGGAGCUACGUAUACUCCCUGGAGAGGAGCACUCCUUUGAUUACAGUCCCGGUGCUGACGGAAGGUACGGUGUACCAGGCGGGCUGUACGAUGAGCUAGUUGGGUUUGUUUCGCGGUAUCUGAAAGUCUAG